AUGACCGUAUUCAAAAGUGGAAUAUUUUUAAUGUUUGUGUUCAUAGAACAAUCGACACAAUUUUCGAUUUCAAGUGAGGUGGAUAGUGAAUUGCCGUUGUCAUCAUCGACAUCAUCGUCAUCGACGUCGUCGUCGUCGUCAAAUCACAAUCAAACCGGUUGCCUGAAGACAAUUGGCCAGUGUUUUCGACAGCGACCGAACGAAUUAGUUGCAUGCGGACUCGAACAUGCCAUGAACAAUAUCGACUGUUUCAUUGCCAGUAAUAACACAUGGCAAUUCAAUGAAUUUAUUUCACUGAAAAAGAAUGCGGAUUGGAAACCAAGCGAAAUUGAAGCGCGCCACGAUCAAACGAUGUUCGAAAGUGUUUUAAGUAAAUUAAGUGAUUUGAUUGCAUCGCGAUCGAUUCAAUUUUCGGUACCAACACAAAAUGAAUUGCUUGCGGCCGAAGGUAGAGUCAAAUCCGGCUUUGACUUCGAUUUGACAAAAUUUGGUGGUAGCGGCAUUGGUUUUGGCCCGGAGGGUCGAAAGAAGAAGUUUAAGCAUGGAAUGAUGGGAAUGAUGACAGUGAUUGCAAUGGUUGCUCAACUAUUCCUUGGGAAGAUCGCAUUUUUGGCUGGUGCUGCGCUGUUGUUUUCCAAAAUUUCACUGUUGUUUUCCAUUGUCAAUGCAUUGAAGAAACACAAUUAUGGCGGCAUGUCUGGUGGCGGAAAUUACGGAGGGGGCGGCUACGGAGGAGGCGGCGGAGGAGACCACAUUGUUUACGGAGAACCAGGUCAUGGUGGCUAUCAACGAAGCAUCAUCGAAUCGCCGAUGGAUUGGGUUUUCACCGACAAACCAUCAAAUACUGUUUCACCGAUCCCAACGUAA